CUUUGUGUGUGCAUUCCCCGAACGCAAAACUCAGAAUGGCGCCACAGCAGGCAGGACUUGCACUGGUGCUGGUGGCACUCGCAGCAGCAGCAGCAGCAGAGGUGAUCCAGGACGCCACCACAACAGCCACCGUUCACCUUGGCGAUGUGUCACCGUUCAACCACGUGUGGAAGGAGUGCGUUGGCAGCGGGCACGCCCUGCUGGGAACGCGAGCAGACUGGCGCGCGCACCUUCAGAAUGUGACGCGCGAUCUUGGGUUCAAGCGCGUCCGCUUUCACGGCAUCCUGGACGACGACAUGACCAGCGUGUACGAUGGCAAGCCCUCCUUCUACAACGUGUUUCAGGUGUACGACUUUAUGCUGCGCAACGGCGUGCGACCCGUCGUGGAGCUGUCCUUCAUGCCCCGGUCCUUCUUCUCCUGCAACCCAAGCGUCAACUGCACCUAUGCUUUUGGAAACCCCGUCGGUGGAUACAAGGUGCGCAUGGAGGAUCUGAAUCCCCUGUGCAGACACCACAUCAUAACUUACUCAAUGCACACACUGCUGCUUGCUUGCUUGCUUGCUUGUUUGCUUGUUUGCUUGCUUGCCUACACCGUAGAGAUGUGGGGUAUAGCGUACCCCUUUCCCUACCUAAACCUCUACAAUGCCACCGCAACUGCGUUGAAGAGCGUGCACCCGUCUCUCAAGGUCGGCGGCCCAGCAACCAUGCAGGUGCAGCACGUGGCUGAUUUCAUCCACAACACCUCUGCCCGUGGAAUCCCCGUCGACUUUGUGAGCACCCAUCUGUAUCCAUCAGACCCCAACUGCAACUUGCCGUCGACGCGCAACGAUCCAGACUGCUUUGCGCACACGCUGCAAAGCACACAGAAGAUUGCCGCCGCUGCACACCUUCCGCUCUUAAUCACAGAGUACAAUGACGGACUGGAGGGAACACCGCCGCACCGCGACACCGCAUAUGCCGCCGCGUUUGUCUUCCACAACGUCCCGCUUGUGCAGAACCUCUCGCUCUUCUCCUGGUGGACAUUCACAGACGUCUUUGAAGAGGGCGGCAUGAAUCCAAGUCCGUUCAGCAACGCAUUUGGUUUGCAGAACAUCUAUGGCGUGGCCAAGCCCGUCUACCGCGCAUUCCAACUUCUCAACGAUGCGGGCCGCUUUGCUCUCCGCACCACCGUCACACAGCCCAGCAGCCAGCCACCAACAGGACAAGUGCGUGUGUUUGCAACGAUUAACAGCACGGCAAGCGCACCUGUCCACGAGAAGCUGCAGUCGCUGCGGGUGCAUGUGAGCAAUUUCCUCCGCCUCGAUAUGGGCGAGUGCGGCAACAACACCGCCACCAUCACCAUCCCAACGACCUCUCCCCCGCCUGCUUCGCUCUCUGCGCGGGUGUAUGCCCUCGACGACUGGAGCGUCAACCCGAGGGCAGAGUGGACACGUCUGGGAUCGCCCGUGUAUCCAACACAGCAGCAACUGAACCGCAUCUUUGCUGCAUCUGAGGUGACGCCUUCGGCUCAGGAAUUGAAGAUUACAAAGGAAGCUGUGUCAUUUACGACACACUUGCGCGGGUGCAGUGCGUACCUCGUAACAUUCCACGUGCAGUAGAAUUGGCGAUGCGUAUUGGGAACUUGUGCUUGUCAUUUGAUCUGCUCAUGCCAAUCCGUGUCGCUCUAUCUGUGUAUGUCUCUGUCUGUGUCGGUGUCGGUGUCGGUGAUUGUGUCUGUGUCUGUGUCUGUGUC